AAGCUCGUUUAGGCUUAGGGGUGUCAAUUCGGGUGGGUUGGGUGGGUUCGGGUUGGGUUGAAAAUCAAUUUUUUAAAAAAUUAUCCAACCCGAACCCGACUCUAACCCGAAACCUAUAAACCCGAACCCAUUCCAACCCGGACAACCCGGCAACCCGAUUUUAUUUUUAAUUAUUCUUUUAUUUUUUUUAUCAGUCUCAAAAAAAUAAAAGCAUGAAUCUCAUUUGAUGGUAUCCAGGUAAUGUUUAGUUCCACUAACUCUAAUAAACUAAAUAAGCUGUUGUUGUACCCUUCUCACACCCAAUGCCAUUGUUAUUGCAGAAGAAGAUAUUUGAUGUUCUCUACAGGAUAGCGGACAUUCCUUUCUUGAAACCAUACCAGAUAAAAAUCAUUAAUGUUAUUGAGAAGGCAGAGAAACAACCUACCGUCACCAUUGGAGUUCUAGUGUCCACGGUAGUGGUAUUUGCCACUGUCAUAGUCAAGAUUCUCUUUGGUAGCAAAAAGAAACCUCAGAGACAAGUCUCGGCACCGUCUGCUUCCAAAAUCAAGUCAGCCGAAACUGUUGGGAAUGAUUCUCCAGGCACUAAUGAAGAGAAAGAAGAGAAUGUAAAAGUUGAUGAUGCAUCUGCUCCUCGAGCUCGGAAAUCCAGAAGGGAGACCUGAGGUAGCAAGCUCUUCAAAUUUUGUGAGAUGUUCACAGUUCAGAUAUGCGUUGCGUUGUUAGGCUUUCUAGUGGCGGCUGAAGCGCACAUUUGCCUCCUUCCAAUUAAAAGUUAGCUUUACAAUUUGUCCUUGAAUUUGUGGACUAUUAAUCUGUGUCUUAUAUAAUUUAUUGUAAUUUGUUUCUUUGAACAAUUAUUUUUA